AGCAGCUUUACCCCUCAAGUUUCUCUCCCCACUCCCUUUCUCUUUGUUCUCGGUUUCCAUCUCCAGAUGCCCUAAAAAUCCAGAUUAAGGAAACCGCAUAUUCAUCGAACAACAAUUUGGGGGAAUCAUCUCAUCUCUUCUUGAAGAAUGUUGCUUUACAGCAACCAAUUUUUUCUCCUAAGAUCUGUCAACAAAUCCCCCUUUUAUUUUAUCAUCACCCCAUUCCUCUGUAUCUCUCUAUAAAUAUUCAACAGGGAUAUCAUUGAUUCCAACAAGAAUCCAUAUUAUGGGUGGUCAAAGCAAAUGGAGGAAGGUCAAACUGGCUCUAGGGCUAAAUACAUGCCUUUACGUCUCCAAAACCACCGACGACGACGACGAAUCACUGCACUCGCCGUCUUCUCGCUCUCGUGCGCCGCCUAGGAGUUCAGAUGUCCAUCGAAUGCCCACCACUCCGACUCCCUCCUCCUCUGGCCUUCAGAUGUCAAAGUACGGAAUUAAAUCCUCCUCCAAGCGAAUUUGUGCAAUAUGCUUGACUACGAUGAAAUCAACCAACGGUCAAGCCAUCUUCACUGCAGAAUGCUCACAUUCGUUCCAUUUCCAUUGCAUUACAUCAAAUGUAAAACAUGGAAAUCGAGUCUGUCCUGUUUGCCGUGCAAGAUGGAAAGAAAUCCCUGUAGAGAAUUCCGGUUCUUCUCAUGUCAAGUCAAGUAUGAAUUCAGGUUCAUGGUCCCACAAUGAUUCGUGGAUGAUUCUACAAGGUAUGCCUCCACAGCAAAUGUACUCCAAUCGUAAUGUUUCUUUACUGUUUCAAGCCCCCGAGCCUCCCGUCUUUAAUGAUGAUGAACUAGUCAACCAGAAAGCUGAAGAAAUCUUUUCUGGUAAUACCUGUUCUGAUGGAAGAGUAGAAAUGAAAACAUACCCUGAGAUGUCUGCAGUAGCAAGAUCAGCAUGCUUUGAUAAUUUUGGCAUCUUAAUCAAUCUCAAAGCACCUGUUGCUAAAGGAAAUCACAACGCACGAGCACCAAUAGAUCUUGUGACCAUGCUUGAUAUUAGUGGUAGCAUGACUGGUACAAAGAUUGCUUUGUUAAAACAAGCUAUGGGUUUUGUGGUACAAAAUCUCGGUCCGCUAGACAGACUUUCAGUGAUAGCGUUUUCUUCUUCAGCUCGUCGCCUGUUUCCGCUUCGUCGUAUGACCGACAAUGGAAAACAAGAAUCUUUACAGAUAAUCAAUUCAUUGGUCGCCAAUGGUGGGACGAAUAUAGCUGAGGGCCUCAGAAAGGGUGCCAAAGUGAUGACUGACCGGAAGUUCAAGAAUCCCGUGAGCAGUAUGAUAUUGUUGUCAGACGGGCAGGACACAUACACCAGCAUCAGUCCUCGAAAAGUGGGAUCGAAAACAGAUUAUCAGACCCUUUUGCCAUCUUCUAUGAAAGCCAAGAAAGACGACAAUGCUGCACUUGGCAUACCUAUUCACACAUUUGGCUUUGGCAUGGAUCAUGAUGCUUCUGCGAUGCACUUUAUCUCGGAGCAUUCUGGAGGGAUGUUUUCAUUCAUAGAAGCGGAGAAUGUGAUACAAGAUGCUUUUGCUCAGUGUAUUGGAGGGCUUUUGAGUGUUGUGGUUCAAGAGUUAGGUGUUGAAGUCGAGUGUGUUCAUCCUGUGUUGCGGCUUGGAUCGAUCAAAGCUGGGAGCUACAAAGUUGGUAUGGACACCGAUGGAAGAUCGGGGUUUAUUGAAGUCGGAGAUUUAUACGCUGAAGAAGAGAGAGAUUUUCUCGUGGCAAUGAAUAUUCCGGUGGAGGAAUCGGGCAGCGAAAUGCCACUGGUGAGAUUUAGAGUUAUUCACAAGGAUCCGGUGAAUAAGACGCUGGUGAGUGCAGGAGGAAAUGAAGAUGUGAUAAUCUUGAGGCCGGAGACAACCGUGGGUAAACAAAUCGUAUCAAUUGAAGUCGACAGACAGAGGAACAGGCUUAGAGCCGCCAGUGCCAUUGCCGAAGCACGAAUGGCGGCUGAACAUGGUAAUCUAGCGGCAGCGACAUUGAUGCUUGAUGAUUGCCGCAAAAAGCUUUCGGAGUCUGUGUCGGCUCGUGGUGGAGAUCGGUUGUGCAUUGGUUUGGUUGCUGAAUUGAGGGAAAUGAAAGAGAGAAUGGCGAGUCGUAGAGUAUAUGAGGCAUCAGGAAGAGCUUAUGUGUUGUCGGGGUUGAGCUCGCACUCAUGGCAGCGGGCCACGGCAAGAGGUGAUUCAACAGAGAUAACGAGCCAGAUACAGACGUACCAGACACCGUCCAUGGUAGACAUGGUUAACCUAUCUCAGACAAUGUGCUUUAGCCGGAGUCCAUCAUCAUCGUCAAUGGUUAACCCUCCGGUGGCACCACCCAAAAAGUCGCUACGGUCGAUACACUCGUUUCCUCCACCGCAGCCGAGAUGAUGAAAAGGUUUCGUAAACGAUUGGUGUUGGGUUUUUUGUUUAGUUUUGGAAGUGCAAAAAAAAAGGUGGUUUAAAAAAGUGUGGGUAUAUUUGGAUUAGUUGGUUGGUUGUAUGGGAAUAAUUCUUUUGCAAUAACCAUAAUAUACUUACUUAGGAAACCC